UCCGAGGCGUUCCCGGCGUGCCGACCCACCGAGGACCCGAGAGCGAAGCGUCCGCUGCGCAGCCGAGGCAGCCGGAGGCCUGCGAGGGACGUGCGUCCCGAGGGUUCCCUCCGCGGGCACCAUGGGAGCUGCCCACUCCGCGUCCGAGGAGGUGCGGGAGCUGGAAGGCAAGACAGGCUUCUCAUCAGAGCAGAUUGAGCAAUUGCACCGAAGAUUUAAGCAACUGAGUGGAGACCAGCCGACCAUUCGCAAGGAGAACUUUAACAGCGUCCCCGACCUGGAACUCAACCCCAUCCGCUCCAAGAUCGUACGUGCCUUCUUCGACAACAGGAACCUGCGCAAGGGGCCCAGCGGCCUGGCUGAUGAGAUCAACUUCGAGGACUUCCUGACCAUCAUGUCCUACUUCCGGCCUAUUGACACCAGCCUGGGCGAGGAGCAGGUGGAGCUGAGCCGCAAAGAGAAGUUGAGAUUCCUCUUCCACAUGUACGACUCGGACAGCGACGGCCGCAUCACCCUGGAGGAGUAUCGAAAUGUGGUGGAAGAGCUGCUGUCAGGAAACCCCCACAUUGAGAAGGAGUCGGCGCGUUCCAUUGCUGACGGGGCCAUGAUGGAGGCAGCCAGCGUGUGCGUGGGACAGAUGGAGCCCGACCAAGUGUACGAGGGAAUCACCUUUGAGGACUUCCUCAAGAUCUGGCAGGGCAUUGACAUCGAGACCAAGAUGCACGUCCGCUUCCUCAACAUGGAGACCAUCGCUCUCUGCCACUGACGUGCCUGCACCCCUGGCCCCUGGGAGAGCUGUGCUCGGGUUGGGGGGCGGCCCCCGUGUGCCCUGCAGUGGAUGCUCCUAUAAAAUAAUCCACGCACAUCCUCACAUCACACACCCCGGCGGGGAGGGGAUGUGGGGCGCUGAUGUUUUUAUCUGAUAAUACUACUACUACUAAUAAUAAUAAAUAAUAAUAAUAAAAGGGUUUGUUAAGGAACACCGGCUCCUCCCGUCCAUGGGUGCCCCAGGCAUCUGGUAGCUCAGAACAGUUGGAGGGAGCUGCAAGCAGCAGGUCAUGGGAAAAGGGCUUCAGGUGAAGAACCAAAACAAAGCAUGAAAUGUGUGCAGUUUGUGCCCCUUUAAACACAUUUUCCAUGAACUUAUUCAAUAACCCUCAUUGCAUAGCUCUUGAAAUUUUUUGCACCAAAAUGAACUUUUCAUUUCCAUCUGCAUGAACUUUUUUGGAGUCUCCUUACGUGAGGAGCAGGCCACCAGAUGCUGUGGGUGUCAAGGGGGGUCACUCUCCUGCCUGUGUGGGGGGGUGCAGGGUGAACCCCCCACCCCGCCCCGGGACUCUCCAUGGGCCAUCUUGCCGUCAAGAUCGGGGACGUGCGUGGAUGAGACGACGUGUGGAGCCCAGGCGCCUGUGCCCUCCAUCGGUGGUCUUGGCAUUCCGCACCCCAGCUCUGAGCUUGGGGGUCUGGCUGCCCAUGGACUCGGUGGGCACCCCCGGGUUGCAGUUGUGUUCGGGGAGACUCGCCACUGGAAGUGCCUGGUAAGCAUUUCUGACCACUGCGUCUGUCACCGCCUAGCACUGUGGGGAGGGAUGGGACGAGGGCAAGGUCAGCAGAGGGCCACCUCUGGUGGCUCUGAACCUGGGGUGGUGCGAAGAGGACCUGUGGCCUGGGUGGCCCCCAGCUGUCCAAGGGUGUGGUUCAGAGCGCUUGUAUUUGUGGUACAGUCAGUUCCUUUAUCGACUUGCACCCAGAGGCAGCUCUCUGCGCAAGCCGUCCAAGGACGUUCUCUUGGUAACGGCAAGGCCCAUCGUCACUUGUACGAUGCAGUUUGCCACUUGAGGUUUUAAAAUUAACAUGCUUUAUCUGCCUCACUCAUAUCUGUACCCUAGGGUUCAGACCAGGAAAGGUUCAACAAGGCGGGUCCUGGAGUCUCAGGCCCCACCCAGCCCAUGCCCCUGGCACAGAUCUCCUUCCCCAGGUGCGCAUGCGCAGGGCCCCAGCUUUGCAUGCAGAGUGAGCUCAGGCCCAGAUGUCUGUGAUGUUCCCACAAGCAAAGCUGAGUGUACCUGUUGUGUGACUUCCCUGUGGCUAGUCCUUCACACACAGGAUGCUGCACAGAGACCAAGGGCCUGUGCUUGGACCUGGGUGGGGCUGGGAUGCACGGUUAUCAGCGUGCUGUGGGAACGCUGGGCAGGGGCGGCAGUGACCCAGGAGGCAGGGGACCACUGCUGUGCCAGAGACUUCGCGGGGAUUCCUUGGUGCCCUUGGCCUCUGGGUGGACAGUACCUGGAGAGGUGUGUGACUGUUUCCUGGAAGUUUAAAGAAGAAAACAGUGACAUGAGUUACAGGGACAUGGAGGAGAGGGGGAAGGAAACUGAAGGGAGUUCAUGGAAAGUAGGCCAAAAAACCCCUAAAAUUAUGAUUCAGAAAGUUCCCAGAACAUGCGUAUUGUAGCAGUGCUACGGGUGGGACCCCAGAGCGCGUCGGGCCAGAGUGGACAUGUUUUUUGGUGCUUCCCAUGAACUCUGCAGUGGCUGUGUGCAUACGUGCCACCCGGGUUUGGUAGGUAGUCACCCCACUUUGGUUUAAAUUAGGGUAUUGCGUGGGCAUCCCAUCGUUGGCAGCACCUGGCUGCGGCGUCCUGUGCACUCCCCAGGCCCGGCCUUGUCCUCUGCCCUCCCCACACUACCAAGCUGAGGCCGCCAGGCUUGGUGUGUCUGGGGAAGUGCAGGGCGGGGGCUGACGCACUAUUUGUGGCUGCUUGCUCUCCAGGACUCACCUUGCCUGGCCACCCAUGGCAACUGCAGCAGCGCUCAACAGCAGAGGGCGCUAGUGCGGCCUCCGUGGACCUGGGUUUCCUGGGACUGUAUGUGCUACAUUGUUUUAUUUCUUAAAAUGAAUCCCCUUUUGCCAGCACCAAAGCCUUGGGAUACAGAUACAGAUAAAGAUGUGAGGCGCCUCUGGCCGCCCAUGCGGUGCAAACCGCUGAAGGCUGCCUGAUGCUGCUGAGGCUGUGGCCCAUGGCUCAUCUGCACAUUUAUUGAAGUGAAUUGCUGUGGUGCAGCCCAUGGCCACUGGGGGGCGCCAACCCGCUGGCAGGGGUUUCGCUUGUUUUGUGUGGUGCUCCCUCACCCAGCUCCAUGGCAGAGGUGGGCCAGGUUGCAUUUGCAGGGCCUCACAGCGCCUCUGCCUUGACUGCUAACCUGGGCCUGGGGCUCAGGACCGCCUAGCCGUUUGGGCAGUGGGCCAGGGCUGGGGCAGGGGCACUGCGUUGCCUGCUGGCCACGUGCCAGACGGGGCAGCUCAUCUGGAGCAGGCCAAGGCACGUGAUGAUGUUCUGAAAUGUGUUCUCAAGCAGGCCAGUGGCGAUGAGACAAGCAUGAGACUGGAAACUACGAGGCCCCAGGCAGUCACCAGUCCAGCCAGGGUUAGAAGGAAGCUGGUAAGUCCAUUCUUCAGAGGCCUGUGUGUGGGCUGUGUGUGGGAGACCGGGCAGGACCGGCAGCCCCCAGCUGGCAGGAAGGCCAGGGAGGCCCCUCCCCAGCACCCUGAACCCUGCAGCCAUUUGCUGGGAAAUAUGUCGGCCACAGGAUCCAGCCUGAUGAUCCCACGUUGCCCGGGGGGAGGUUAGCUGUUGCCGCCACGAACGUGGUCACUUGGUCUGGUGGGUGACAGGGCUGUGACACAGGCGGCCUGGGGAUCCUCCUGUGGCCACGGUCACCUGAACUCUGGAUGAGGGAGGGGCACACAGCACUGCCAGACUUGGGCAGUUACUCUGUGUCUGUUGGGCUGUGCUGCAGGGGGACAGUCAGCUCUGACCCUGUCACAGAGCCGUGGGACCUGUCCCCACCUGCCUGUAGCUAACAAGGCCAGAACUGAACCUCACUGGGUUGCUCAUACUGAGCGAGAGUUAAAAAUACAAGUUGUCCUGGUGAGGCUUUUGCAAACACCUGCCCUGGAGGGCGCCCUUCUUUGUGGCAGUGACCUUGGGAAAGACCGGGAGAGCUGAGUGGGCAGAACUGAGUGGUAAGCACUGUCCUAGGCACCAGUGCCAGCAGGGUCUGGUGGUGGCUGACACAGACCCCAUGACUCAAGAUGAGGGCGGGUGCCGUGGCUGCUCGGCCUUUAAGUCAGCGGGAGAGGAGACUGUGCUGGCCAAUGUCUGUGCCCCUUAGGACAGUCUGCAGCUGUCAGCAGCAAGACUCCGCUUGUCACAGCCCACAGACAUGGAAGACAAGCUGGCGACUUUCCCUCCCAUCCCAGGCUGAGAUGAGGUCCCCAAGGUGCAGCGGUCCAGCGGUCCAACGGCUGCUUCUGGAAGCUCAUGGUCAAUAUCAGAGGCCAGGAGCAGGCUGGUGUGCACACGGCCCCUGCUGGAGCCCAGCACGCGCGAAUCUGCCACCACGUAUUAGAGGCAGGUCUGGUCCAAGUCGCCGCAGGCUUGCAGCUGUAGCCAGGUAACCAUCUGGCCUGCAUGGGCACUGUGGGCAGGUCUGUGUGGCUCGCGGCGCCGCGGGUCAUCAGGCUAGCGCUGUAAGCUAGCUGCCACCACAGCUGCUGCCCACCAUGCACACCGGCUGAGGAAGAGGACGGCCCUGCUGCACCCGCCUAUGGCCUGCCCCCUUCUCUGGUGCUGUUUGUAUGGCCCUUGAAACAGGGGAGAGGGGAGGUUACCUAGUUCUUGGGUGGAAUGGAAUGAAGGACCCCAUCUCUGCAGUUAUUAGAGGGUCCAGAACUCCAUUUGUGGGCCAAGUGCUCUCUGGUGGCAAGGGGACUCUUCUCUGGCACCUGAGACGGUUAUGUGGGGGCAGCAAUGGGGGUUCCCUCUGAUUCCGAGGAAAGCUAACCAUCCCCUCCUCCCAGGAACACAGCCUCUUGCCCGGCUCCCUCCCAGGGCCCUGGGUGCUGAGGCUGUAGCUGGCAGCGCCUGUGACAGCAGUUCUGGGUAAGCAGCUCUACUGCGGGCUGCCCGGCAAGGCCGUCCCGAGGAUGGCAAGUGGGACAAGCUUUACACACAAGUCAGUGGUAAGUUCCAAAAGUUUAAUACCAACACAUAUGCACAAGGUAGAAAGCAGGUCCCGGGAUGUUGGGGAGAAGAUGCUGCAGCCUUGGGGUGGUCCCAGGCACAUAUCUGAGGGGAGCUGGGCUGGCAGAGGCUUCUACCACCCCACGCUGGGAACCUGCAGCCACCCGCCGGGCAGCGGGGAGGAGGGAGAACUGUGGGCUGGUGGCAGCUCUUGGGGUGCAGGGCUCCAAGGGGCCCACUGCUGACAGUGGGCAGCAGAAGAGGGAAGCGACUUUUAAUUUUGGGGCGUGGGCCUAAUUUCUUUUAAACUCGAGCUCUAGUUUGUAUUGCAGGAUACAGAGGCAGCUUGAGUCUGGAACCAAGUCCCAGAAAUCCCACCGCCCCCAGACUAGGGAAGGAGGGCGUCCGACAGGGGCCGGGGACACCUGCUUGCAGGAGGGAAACUGAAGUCGUCCUCCCUCCCUCCGCAGGCCAGGCCUCCUCGGAGGGACCUUGCCCCGGCGGUCCUGUGCACGUGUUCUAUGAGCACCACGUGCCUUGUCUCUUUGAAAAGCUGGUUUGGGCUUGGAAACCGUUCUCCAAGCAUUUCCUAACGCCUGUUUCUAUCUAUCUGCUGGACUAUCACUGCUCCGGGACCCCACGACCUCACCGGAGUUUCCUGAAGUGGGGACUCAGUUCUGUGAGCCAGCCACAGCAUGGUCACGAUCGUCCUGACCAGGCUCUGUUCUGGAGUUCUCAGGACUCACCGCGGACGAGGGCAGCCUAGCUUUUGGAGCUGACGCUCAGAGUCCCAGGGACAGAGGGACGGUGGAAAUGGACGCUGCUCAGGGCCUGCUGCAGGAGCGGCACACAUCUUAACUGGCCUGCAGCACGGAGGAACCGCCUCACCUGGAAUGUACCUCCCACAGCUUCUGGUUCAUGCGAUAAUCCCACACGGAGACCAGGCCUUCCUCGCCUCCGCUGACGAUUUUCCAGUCGUCCAUCUGCACCGCGGAGACCCCAAGCUGGUGGGCGGAGAGCGACAGUGCGAUCUUAUCCAUGCGGAGGUCGUGGAUCCUCACCCUGCAGGCAACAGAAGAGCCAUGGGAAGGACCGCUAUCAAACGCCGAGCUUUCGCAACCCUGCACAUGGCUGCUAGGCCUGCCUCUCACCUGCACACUCCUGGGGGCUCCUCCACACCCGGCCCAGGGACUCAGCUGCCCGCCUCCCGGGCAGAAGUUCUUAACAUUAGAUGAUUACAAGACAAGUAAUUAUGCGAUACAAUGCUGUGAGGUGCAGCUGAUUGGGCUGCAGCCAGGCGGAAGAAGUCAAACUCCUACCUGGCUAGGAAACGAAAGUUACAAAGUCAUCAUGGUCUGUUAGAAUUUAGAAAGGAAAUACCUUCAUAGUUAAGUGUGGCCACUGUGCAGUCCCUUAUCGAAGCCAUGACAUAAUUACUUGCCUUGUAAUCACUGAGCAUUUUCUUUCCAGACUUCUUAUGCGAGUACAUGCUGAAUUUUCAUGAUCAGAUAGGGCAGAAUUCUUCCCUGCUACAACCACCAGUACGUACACACAGCUCUCUGAACAAGACAUAAGAGCUGAAGCUGAAAUGCAGCAACAUUUAAGGAAAGGAAUGGUGUACACACCCCUAAUCCAAACGGAGAGAACAGCGAGUGUGGUGACCAGCAGUACCAUGUGCGGACACAGCUGACCUGAACCCUGCCUGUGGCCUUGGACUCCAGUCACGUGAGUACGCACAUACCCUGCAUGAGUUCCUGCCAAGUUGAAGGCAUUGUGAAGAUGAAAGAAUACAGGUAGUUCACUUUGAGUUAUUUUAGAUAUUCUCGGAAAGCAAGCAAUGGAGCAAAACAUGAGAAAGA